CUUCGUCGGAAGGCGCCCCCGGUUUCCACCUCGGAGCAGCUGCUCGGAGCAUGCUUUCGCUGGCAGCCCUCGCCGCGAUCGCGACUCGGGCGCUGGACAGCUCGAGCCAGGCGUCGAUUGUCGCGGCGGCCAGGCGGUCGCGAGUCCGAGAGCGGCAGAGCUCGCAGCGGCUGCGGGAGGCGGCGAGCGUGCCCAGUGGCCAGCUGGCAGGCAUCGUCCCAGAUGACGUCUUUCGAGACACCGCCAUCCGCGAGGGGCUCGCCAGUAAUCUGCAGGAGAUGGAGCGGCGGCGGGCAGAGGAACAGGCCAUCUGGGCGGCAUCCGAGCAUGACGCCGCCUUCGCCGCCGCCCGAGCCGCCCUAUCCCGGCAGUCGUGGCCGCUCUCGGCGCGGCAGUGUGGCCCGCUCGCGGUCGAGGCUGUCCGCGCGGCGACCGCCGAGUGCGCUCGCGAGUACCUCGCGCUGCACGGCGAGCUGCUCCGCGCGCUCGAGUACUGCGCGCCGCUGCAGCGCGGCGAUGUGCUGCACGCCGCCGCUGCGACGCGCUUCGGCGCCGACCGGCUGCUGCUGCGCGUGGGCGAGCUACUCGGGCCGCCACCCUCGCCCAUCGCCUCCACCGCCGCGUCGCACUUGCCCACCGUUUGGGCGCUCUUCUCGCGCGAGGCCUUGCGUCGCCUGCGGCGCGACGCUCGCGGCGAGAUUCGCGCGCGCCACUCCGCCGUGGCAACGAUCGAGGCCGUCUCUCUCUUGCGCGGCGGCGGCGUGCGAGCCUCUGCUUGCGCGAGCGGGCCUGUCUCCGCCGGCGCCGCGGCGCCGUGCCCCCUCCCGCUCGGCGACCUGCUCGGCUCGCUCGCCGUCUCGCCCGUGCCGCUGCUGCUCCUCCUCGCCAUCACGUCGGGGUUUGGCGCGGGCGUGGCGAGGGGGCUGGAUGAGGGGGAUGAAUGA